CUUGUUACGCAACUGUUCAAGGAUCGCGGACAGAUCGGUACAUUCUGUUGCUGGGAACAUUCUCCGUUGUAAAUAAUUAUCCUCUUCUAGUAUUAUCGCUGUUCCCGUAGUAUAAAAAUUAACUUUCUAUAAUAUACAACAUUACUUAGUGAUACUAACAAUUAAACCGCAAUUGUAUCGUUAACUCUAGCAGCAAUUGGUUAUGAACGUUAAUGUACAUAGUAUUUCUACUUAAGUUGUAACUGAUAUUAUUUAUCGAAUAGAUUGCUGAUUGCAAUGCUUGUAUAUAUUGUAAGCUCUGCUCAUACUCACAGUGGUACAUUCCGCUGCAAUAUUAUUGAAACUGUUACGGUACAUAGAAUUGUUGAUAGUGCCCUCGGUAGUAUUGACUGUUACAUUGAUAUUGCCCGUUGCUAUUACCAUGUACAUCCAAAUCAACUUACAAAACACAAGAAGGAAUAUAUUUUGCAUAGCGUCAUAUCACGGACGUUCGUAGUUAGUCUCGCACUUUCCUAACGCAUGCUUAUCAAAUUUAUUUCGACGCAUCGUGUCAACAGAACUGUCACGUAAAAGACAUUUCAUCACGUUUCAAUUCGAUCGACGUUUCGAGACAUCGAUAAUUUAAUAGCAAUAGUAUCGUUAGGUAUCGAAACGUUGCUAAACAAUAUCACGUUUUAACGUGUCAGUGAACUAUUCACACCAAUUGCGUAGGUUAAUGGAGCUAGAAUUAAAAUUUUGUUUCUUAAUAUGCUGAAUAUCGAUUGUUGGAUAAAUAAGAAAUAUUUUGUUGUGACUGGCCUCUGUUUUUAUUCUUAUUUUGUGAUAAAAGCGAUGAUAUGUUAUUAGAAUCAAUUUCAUCGUGCUCGUAUUUAUUACUAACAUGUGGAUCCUGCAUCUAUAGUCUGAUAAAACACUCUUACGAUCAGUAUCAACAAUUUAUUCCCCAUUUUGUAUGCGCCUGCAGCGGUAUCGUGAUGAUCAGCACGCGAUCCAUGUUCGUUCUCGUAUAUAAACUAUUUAUUAAACAGUAUGUUUUCGAUCCCGUGAUUAUCGAGCUCGAGGAAAAAAGGAAUAAGGGAAGGCUCAACAGUGUAGACGAGCUAUUUGGAAUUUUUAGCAUGGCCGCUUUACUUUACUCUAUAUACUGUCAUCAUGAAUACUAUCUCCUCGGUGCCUGUAUUAUUACUAGCUUAUCACUCCUUGAUAUCUUCAAAUUAUACAAGUUGAAAGAGGCGCAAUUACAGGGAACUGAUGUUCCACGGUCUGAAAAUAUUGUGGCUCGAAUGCUAUUGCAGGCACCUAGAUGCACUAUUUUUAUCAGGGUCCUCAUCAGUGGACACUUCGCAUAUUCCGUAGGUAACAAUUACGCAUUCGUUGCGAAUUAUCCUUACCUUUUGACGACGUGGACGCUACCCCCCGAAGGAUUCUACCAAGGUUGGUCGUUACGUCGCACGAUUAACGAUUACAUGAUGGCAGCUUACGUGAUAUACAUGACGGAAGCACUCCGACAAACUUGAACGUUCUGAAACUUCCCACUGCGAAACUUUUGAUGAGAUAAAAUUCUCCUUGUGCUAUAUUCGCAUCUCGAAACUAUUCAAGUUAUGUUUGAAACAUUUUCUCGUAUUGCCGGAAUUAAAGGAAACAGUUAGACAGUUUCUCGCUAGAUAUACAAUAUUAUAGCUAUGGCAAAGGAAUUUAAAUUAAAAUC